CAAGGUUACGUAAAAUACCUUUAUGUCUGCCCCAUGGUAAGAGGGGAACACUCUAAACAUGGCCAUUUCUGUGGAAGAGGUGUCGUCUUCGCUUGUGCGGGAAUACCUCAGUCGUAAGGGACUAAAGAAGACAAUAGCGUGCAUGGAUGAAGAGCAUCCCCGCACAGAGGCCAGUAUCAACAACAGAUCACAUUUGAGGCAGAUACUCCACUUAGAUCCCCUUUAUAAAAGGAGUAAGGUUGAGCAUUCUCCUUUUAAAACACUUCUUGAAAUUAUUGUAAAACACAUGAUAGAAGCCACAAAUGAAGCGAAUGCACGUUCUGUAUCUUCACCAAUUGAGAUAAACAACACUGAGAAUGAUAUGACCGCUUGUGCCUUAAGGUCACACAUAGAAGCAAUCAAACCAUCUCAAACUACAUUAUUGGUGCCAGAUCAACCUGAGAGCGUCCCUAAUAAUCAAAGCAGUCUCGUUGCACAUGACCAAAAGGGACAGACUCUCAUGGCUUCCCAGGACCCUGAACACUUUAACGCUCCUGUUACUGAGAGCACAAAAAGAAAGAAAACCAGUCGCAUAAGACGUGGCAUGAUGCCAGGACCAGUGGCCAGUACACCUGAGGAAUCAAUCAAGAAAAGGCAAAUACGAAAGACAGAAAUUCCUCAGCCUUUGCCCACAAAUGAGGAGAAAAAUGUUUGUGGCAGUAGUUUAUUGGUUUCUCAUUUUGACAAAAAAAGUGUUAAAAGUACUUUUUUAAAAGACCGUUCCAAUGACUUUCAAGGGAGUGAUGCACUGGAGGGUGAGCAGCUCACCCUGCAAACGGAGAAAAGAGUCCCAUCACUUACCAGUUUGAAUCGUUCAAACUUAAAUGUAUCAGAAAUGGUAUUAGAUGACAUUGAUGAUGUGGAGAUGCAGAGCCUUUCCAAAAUAUCUUUGAAUAGAGACGUCACUGAACAAAGUUGGACAAGCUGUCCAAUGGAUCAGCAAACAGCCAUGGAAUUAAAAGUUGUUCUUCUUGGCUCAAGCUUAAAUUGUUUCAGUGUUGAGUGGAGGAAUCAGGGUUUCACAUUCUCAGAAACACAUGAUCUUAGAUAUGGCAUUGUGCAAAAAAAGGGUGGUCCCUGUGGAGUUCUGGCUUCAGUGCAAGGAUUUGUUUUAAAGAAAAUGUUGUUUGAAACCUCUGACCCCAGUAACACCUUCAACAGAUUAAAGCCUUCUAACUCCACCAGAAGAAAAUGUUUAGUUCUUGCUAUUGUAGAAAUCCUAUGGAAAGCAGGGGAAGAGAAACACGCCAUAGUUGCAAUAUAUUCAGGAACAAAGCAUUUCAUACCAGUGGGGCAGUAUAAAUCUGAAGGAGUACUUGAAAAGAUAAUACUUUUUAAUGUGGAUAAUCGCAAAGACUUGGAGCACUUUCUAGACCAGCACAUUGAGCAGUUUGAGACAGAAGUGUUGGGAUGCUUACUCCUAGUUGUGUCGGCUGUUCUCUCUCGCUCUAUUGAGAAAGUGAGAGAGGACAUGGAUGUGCCAACCACCACACUCAUCGGUGCCCAUGGUUACUGCACACAGGAACUUGUCAACCUCUUACUCUGUGGCCAAGCUGUUUCUAAUGUAUUUGACAAUGACAUGGAGUUGGACUCUGGAAAUGGCAACAUAACACUGCUGAAAGGAAUCAAAGACCUCUGUGAAAUUGGUUUUCUGUCUUUGUUCGAACACUACAACAUCUGUAAAGUAGGAAGCCAUUUGAAGACUCCCCGUUUCCCAAUUUGGGUGGUCUGCAGUGAGAGUCAUUUCAGUGUGCUGUUUGGCCUCCAGAGGGAGUUGUUGAUCAGUCACCAAAAGGGGCAGGAAUUUGACCUGUAUUAUUAUGAUGGAUUGUCAAACCAGCAGGAAGAGAUCCGCCUCAGUGUUUGUGUAGGUGGCUCGGCCUUGAGCUGUCAAGAUGAUGCCACAGAGCUCAUUCCUCCUCUGGAGCUCUGUAUCCGCACCAGGUGGAAAGAUGCUUUAGUCAACUGGAAUGACACAGAGCCCAUUCUUUAACUCAGUUUAUUGUAUAGAAGUAAUAUGGCC